GUUUCAUUUCGUAUCAAGUUUCCCCUCGUUCAUUUCACCGGAAGAAGAUCGGUCAUGGAGUUCCCGUUUGGCCAUCCCUCUCAUCAUCACUCCCACCAUCACCGGAGGGACGAACAGACUGAAGAUUACCCCCCACCGGCAUCUAAUUUCUCUUCCCUCGACAAUCCUCCUCCUCCUCCGCCCCCUUCCUUCUACGGCGUCGAUCAUCCGCCCCCUCCACCCGUACCUCAACCAGCUCAAGUCUACCACACUUCUCAUGUUCCCUCGCACCCGCCUCCCCGCCCCUUUACCUACUCUGAUCUCCCUCCUCAGUCCGAUUCCCUCCCCUACAGUUACUCAUCGGAGGCACCGCCUCCGCCGCCACGAGUUCCUGCUUACGCUCCCCUGCCGGACACCGCUGCUUCUGUGCACCAUGUUUCUCAUGACGUGGACACCUACGAGACCCACCAAACCCAUCGCCCCCACCUGCCUUCUUUCGUUCACCACCACACUCAUCACGAAACCUCUGUCACUGUGUCUUCCAACAAGCGCACUGUCAGGCUCUUCUCCCGGGCUGCCCCCAAUUUCUCCCUUACCAUCCGGGAUGGCAAUGUCAUUCUUGCUCCAUCCGACCCCGCUGAUGACUACCAGCAUUGGUACAAGGAGGAGAAGUACAGCACGAGGGUGAAGGAUCAAGAGGGGUUCCCCGCCUUUUCUCUGGUCAACAAAGCUACUGGUGAGGCCAUUAAGCAUUCCAUCGGUGCCACGCAUCCGGUUCGACUGAUACGUUAUAACUCUGAUUAUCUUGAUGAGUCUGUUCUGUGGACUGAGAGCAAGGAGAUUACUGAUGGCUAUAGAGCUAUAAGGAUGGUUAAUAAUAUUCACCUCAAUGUGGAUGCUUUCCAUGGUGAUAAGAGGUCUGGGGGCGUUCAUGAUGGCACGACCAUAGUGCUCUGGGAGUGGAACAAAGGUGAUAAUCAGCUUUGGAGGAUCGCACCCUACUGAUAAUGAACUAAAUUUAUUGGUGAAUAUGUCGUGGUCUGAAGGCGCGGUAUCUUUAUGAACUUAAGAUGUGAGAACGGAUUACUCUUCUGUUUGUGAGUGACAUUAAUUUAUGUCUGAUAUGCUGAAGUGUUUUUAAGUUAUAAAUGGUUUCUGCUGCGAUUACAUUUAUGAAUUUGAGUGCAUGUUUGUGGGUGUCGCUGGUGAAAGAGCUGCAGCUGUGUGUACAUUCAUGUGUUGAACCUUUACUGUUAUUGGGACUGAACUAGUGUUUAGUAAUUACUAUAUCAGUUACUAUUAAGAUA